GUUCCGCAGGUCACCGGAACGCAAAUUCUUCUUUCCUAUAAAUAAAAUCAAAAUACCUCGUUUUUUCGGGUUAGUCAUCUUCCCCGACUUAUUCCUGUCGGCCCGGCGCCAGUUUUCUCCGUUCCGAUCUCGUGAUCAACACGAGCAACGAAAGUCAAUCCUAUCAAAUCGAAGCACCGGGUUUCCUGUUUCUGGCAUCUUCGUCCCUUUAGAAUGCAGUUCGUCGAACAAAAAACAAGCUUUCAGAUUUAGCUUCUGCGUGAUUUGGUUUUUCAAGUGAGGGUUGGACGAAACCUGCUAUGGGGAAGGGAGUAAAUCCAGAUCUUUUUGUUAACGAUGGUUCCUUUAUGGAGAAGUUUAAACAGCUUCAGCAAGAUAAACAUGAGAAGGAGUUUGCUGAAGAGGCCAAAUCUGGCACCGGCAGCAACUCUGUCCUCUCAGUGAAGCCUAUUGUUGUUGCGAACAAGAGGCCGUUGGAAAUCAAAUCCAGUGAUAUGAAGAAGCCUAGCCUUUCUGGAUCCGGUGGAAAAUUAGCUUUCAGCUUGAAGCAGAAGUCUAAGAUUGUUUCUGCUCCUGUUAAACUGGCUGAAGACGAAGAAGAAGACGGAGGGGAGUCAGAGGCCGGGAUUUCUGAGGACUCUGCAAAGAGGCAGAAACUAGGGCAGUUGGGUGACUCCAAAUCAAAACCAGAUAAUGGGGAUGCACCAGUUCCUCCUAGUGAUCCUACAGUGAAGAAUGCUGCGGACAAAUUAGCUACCUUUGUUGCCAAAAAUGGAAGGUACUUCGAGGAUGUUACACGUCAGAAGAAUCCUGGAGAUACCCCGUUUAAGUUUUUGUUUGAUACUAGCUGCUCAGACUACAAAUACUACGAGUAUCAGCUUCUUGAAGAGGAAAAGAUUCAACGAAAGUCAAAUGAUUCUCAACAUGUUACAGAAAGCAGUGGUGCUGCUGCAAGUUCUAAAGCCUCAAAUACUUCUCAGAGGAGGGCUUCUGUACAGAAAAAUUCUAAUUUUCAGACUCCAGUAUCAGCUUUAUACGGCGUUGAUGAGGACAUAAAAACUUAUGCUGCAUCUAUGGGUAAACCAUCCAUACAUGGUGAAUCUAGUGGGCCCGCAUCUUCAGAUCCCAUUGCAGUGAUGGAAUACUACAUGAAAAAAGCUGCUCAGGAAGAGAGAAAGAGGCAACCACGAUAUUCAAAAGACGAAAUGCCACCACCAGCAUCUCUUCAAGCUUCUUCCAGAAAGGGGCAUCAUAUGGGUGAUUUCAUCCCACAAGAAGAAUUGGAUAAGUUCUUUGCUAGUUGCAAUGAUGCUACCGCCCAGAAAAUUGCUCUUGAGAAUGCGGCAAAGUCCAGAAUCCAAUCCGAUAAUGUUGGGCAUAAGCUUUUAUCCAAAAUGGGUUGGAAAGAAGGUGAGGGACUUGGUAGUGCAAAGGCGGGUCGUGCAGAUCCUGUGAUGGCUGGGUCGGUGAAACUGAAUAAUCUGGGUGUUGGUGCUGAGAACCCAGGCGAGGUUACUCCUGAGGAUGACAUUUAUGAACAGUAUAAGAAGAGGAUGAUGCUUGGUUAUAAAUACAGGCCAAAUCCUCUGAACAACCCACGGAAGGCAUAUUACUAAGUGCUAAGUGUGGUCCUUUGCAGGGAAUGCCGCCGAUUUUCUGUUAGCUAGCAGCUGAAAUUUAUUGCAUGUCCAGAACUCACUUUCCAUCCGGCUCUUUAGGAGAUUGAAGUUCUUUUGCAGUCGAGUUUUAUUUCUUAAUUAUUAUUUGUGUCUAUAUCUCUUCUGAGAAUCUACGCAGCUUUGUUUAUUUAGGAAAAAAAUUGCCUGCGUAUUUGAAAUGCAAAUCAAAUGUCUUCUUAUUUCGAAUCAAAUCUCUAGAAAGAAAACGAUUUUAGCAUUUACAAUUUCA